UUCGAGUGCUGCCGAAAAUAAAAAUUGAUUUGCAUUUCUUCUCGGCUUAAAAUGAAUUAAAUGUUAUUGUUUCCGCACCGAAAAAAACUCAUAAAUCGUUUCAACAACCGCACUGCUAAAUCGGAAUUAAUUCGAACAAUUAAACAACUGCCAAAAACUAGAACGUAUGUGAAGCGUGUGUGUCGUACAUAAUCAGAGAUAAGGACAAAAAACGGUUAAAAGUAAGCUUUCAAGAAAGAGAGUAUAGAAAAUAAAUUUUACUAAAGUAACAAAAAAAGCAACGAAACGCGUGUGCCGCAAAUAUUGGCGAAAUCGCAAUAAAAAAGUGUAUGUCAAAUAAGAAAAUGUGGCUCCACCAGCGAUAACGGUACUCCAAUGUGCUCUCUCGUACGCACACAGAAACAUCCCGCACACGUACACCACCACCACUGCCAAAAAGCAAAUCCUGCCCAACAGCCGCACCUAUAAAAGUGGGCGUGGGUAGAGACAAGUUACUGUAACAAAUUUGCAAAUAGUGAUGCACGCUAAUUGUUUAAACAAAUCCAAGCUUUCAUAAUCAAAUACCUUCGCGAAUUCCAUACACACCUAUACACACAUAACCACGCAGCGAUUGGUGUGGAGAGGAAGAAGGAAAGGAAACCAAAGGACAGGAUAGAAAAGCAAGAGGAAGAACGAAGCAGCAUCGGCGCGUUGGUGAAAUGUGCGGGAAGAGAAGAUUGAAAAUAAACGUGUAGUAGAGAAUUUUUGAGACACUCACACGCACUCCUCCCACACUCUUUCUCUCUCUGUCUCUCCGCCUAUACCGUUUGCCGCUUACACACACACAUACCUAAGCAGACGUACGAGCGCUCUCGUAUCGCGAAAAGCGUGAGCUUUGUUGUUGCCUCUCCCACUCCCUCGCUCUCAGAGGCGCUCCCGUGUUGUUUUUGUUGUUGUUGCCGCUGAGCAAAUGGCAGACCCUCUAAGCGGGCGCCGCUGGUGAUAACAUGUCGUAAUGGCCAGAGAGGAGUCUCGCGGCAAGAGACCACUGAAAAUCUGGGACAGCUGGCGGAAUGUGCGCAAGGGCGUCGUAGUUGGGACCUUCGAGGAGCUCUUGGUCCGCGGCAAGGAUAAGCUGGGGGUUCCUGCUUCAGAACCGGUGCGCGUUGUUCUGGAGUGUGAUGGAACCCAAAUCGAGGAUGGCGAAUACUUUCGCACCCUGGCCAACAAUACGGUGCUGCUGCUGUUAAGGCAGGGCGAGCGCUGGUAUCCCACUGGCGUCGAUGUCAUAAAGGCUGCCAUAUCAGCUAUACCGAAAAUCGUCUGUGAGACGAUUCAUGCGCUGGAGUUGCACGAUGAGACACCGUCGUGGAAGAUCAUGGAUAACAAAGGGCGUGUCACGGUCGUUCUGCACUGGGAUCAGCGGCAGGGUGGAGGAAGCGGCGGCGGAGGAGGCGGUGGCGCCGGCGGCGGAGUGGGGAGCAUGUGCUCCGGCCUGGGCAGCAGCAAUGGGCUGCUGUCGUCCGACAAGUACUCGCCCUCAAAGAAGGGCCUCUCCGCGCAGAGUUCGCUGGACAACAAGUCGGUGUCGUCGCAGUCCUCCCAGCCGCGCUAUGCCAGCCCUCAAAUAACGGUGAUCAGCGACGACGGACCGGCGAGCAUAUACCAUCCCGGUGGCGUUAUACUGCCGCCAGGAGUUGUGAUACCCGGCGGCAGCAGGCGACUCUCCAAGCAGGGUAACUCCUUCGACAGCACCGUGGGCGUGGGUGUGGGAGCGGUCCAUGUGCACACGCCGGAAUGCGCCCACCACGCUCACACGCCCAGCAGGGCGGGCAGUCCCAGCACCACCGAGUGCGACUUCCACUGCUGUGCGCUGCACGAGGAGGGGCGCAAGAUCGCUGUGCACAAGAGCGUGGCCACGUCGCCCAUCCAGGACGGAAGCAGCAGUCCCCAGCCGCAGUCGGCACCAUCGGUUAUGGAUCCUAUGCUGGGCGGCAGCGGUGGCGGCGGAAGCGGCAGCAUGCAACGGCGCUCGUCGGGCGCCAAGGGCCAUGUGCGAUUCCUGGACAUCGCCCCCGAGCGGGAUAGCUCCGAGAGCGAAACGGAGAACACGGUGAUGGAGGACGACAAGACGACGACGGAGAAAUUUCUGCUGCUGAUCGACCAGUUGUCGGUGGACCAGAAGCGUCACCUCAGCAUCAAGGACAUCGGCAUCAUACUGGAACGCCUCAACUCCAAGAUCCUUGACGUGGAGCGAUUGGAUCGCGAAUCCGAGUCGGACGACUGCUACAACUGGACGAUAAAGGCGACAAUACGCGGCGAUGCGCUGCGCGAACUGGGCGUCAUUUACAAUGGCAAUUACUAUGCCAUCUCUGAGCAUCCUGGCUACAAGGAGGAGCUAGAGGAGAACGGCGAGGAGGUCGAGGAGGAGGAGGAAGAAGAUGAGGAGGACAGAAUUUAGAGUGCCAAUGACGGGCAGACGGGCACACCCACAGGUUCACGACUGUCCCACGUUGGGCGCCACAGAAGGUAUCAAUAAACUAGCGCAUUUUACAGAAACCAAAACGAAAAAAUGGAAAAACCAAAAAUAGGAGUAGCCCAGCAGCUCGACACAAGAACACUCACACACACACACCCACAUGCAUACAUAUAUACAUAUAUACUUAUAUAAAAUAAUUACGAGAAUAUAAUAAUGCAAGUCGCACAUUGUACAAUAGUGAAGUAAGCGUAAACGUGAAUUAUAAAAAGGCGAAAGCAAAGCAGCCACACACCCAGAAACACACACACCCAUGCCCACAACAACAGCAAAAAGCGCGAACAAGAGCAGUGUUUGUAGCAUUUAGCCAAAAUUCUCAUUGACGGGGACCGACGUUACCAUAAAUCAGGAGCAUGGCUGGUUGGAGACGUCGAAGAUUAUCACUGCACCGUCUGCAGCCAGCUUAACGAAUUCAGAAUUCGAAAAAUUCAAUUCAAACGCCCAAAAUUCAGCCCACAGAUCAGUUGCUAGCCCCAGAACCAGCCAUCCUUGUGUUGUUAUCGUUGUUGUACAAUAGAUGUUCCGUGUUCCGUUGUGAUUGUGUGCCAAAAUAGCCUUAUUUAGUUGGAUAGCCCCACACACAGACUGCCACUCGAGUCAGGAAAUCUAAUCUAACCCCAAAGACUAUAAGUUGUGAAAGAGAUAUAGAUAACAGAGACUAUAAAAUGUUGUUGCCAGAAAAACGAUGAUGACGGGGUCUAACUGUAGUUCGGUCGGUCUCUCGUUUCCUAUGUAGUGAGUUCCUCAUUUUCAUUUGCUUUAUGAGCCCCCAACCCGCAUUUGUAUAGUUCCUGGACAGCGUAACUCUCUGUUAGUGGCCUAUUCUUUGUUGAUCUUGUUGCAUUUCUGCCCCCAAAGAAAUUCCGGAAAUCAUCCGCAUCAGCAUGUAUAACUGCCGUUAUUUGUAGUGUUGUCAAACGUUCAACAAAUCGCGCACAAUGUUAAAAUUAAACACAGAGAAUAGAAACAAUAAGCAAGACGCUCGAUGAUGCCUGACGACAGACUAAAAAAUUAUGUGUAGUAGAUAAAGACCGCCCCCGCGUGGCCGCCAGAAUCAGCCGUAGAUCCAUUGGGAGUAUCUAUCAGAAGACAUCACACGAUCGCAAUUGAAAUUGUAAUUGAACAAUGCGUAAAAGCGAAAACACUGCCAACAUCGCCAUUAGCAUUCGCACCUGCAUCCACAUUCGUUGGGUUUGGCUUUCGACUUCCAGAACUUUGACUGUUCCAUACGGGUAUCAAGCAAUCGGGAUAAAUUGAGAGAGCACUGGGUUGGAGGAUUCUUGGCAAGGACAUGGAAGGUUUAGGCGAUGGAUUUGCCAACGUAACAAAUAUAAAACUAUCGAAAGAAAGCACGUACGUUUUAGUGUGGUUAACCUAACCAGUUAACCUAAACAUUCUAUGAAUUGUUUGAAUAUAUUAUUAUAUUAUUGUUUUACACUUUAUAGGUGAUAUUUGUGAAGUAUUGCAAAAUCCUUAUUCGACUUGUUUUGUUAAUGUUAUAUAGAAUUGUUUUUACUGCAGACUUGUGUUCUUAUUGUUAAAGCCUCUCCCACUGGGAUUGCUAUUCAUAAAGGGUCCUCAUAUAUGUAGGUAGUCCAUUGCAAACGUAGCUGGUCUACGUUGCUAGUCACUGUGUCCUGGAUUAGAUCUGUGUGCAUUCGAUUUAGAAACUUCCGCUGCGCAAUCAGAUCCUUAGAUCUAAUGCUGAGAUCAGCCAACACUGUACUCCCAUCUAACCAAAACUAACUUAAAUGUAAUACGGAAUCGAGAAGCGGAAUAAGAAAGCGACUUUUAACAGACAUUUGUCCAAUGCACAAAACUAAAGCAUUGAAGCGAAAAAAGAUUAAAUGAAAACCUAGUAUGUAUAAAUGAAAACUGAAAUUGAUAAUUGAUUGAUAACGAUAAUAAAUGAAAAGUUAGUGGAGAGCGGAGCAGGCGAUGAAGAAGAACGUUAAACGAGAACUCACAAUUAGCGAGACGAAAAAGAAAUUCAUUAGCGUUGUUUUAAUUUAUUAGUAAGUCGAGAACGACAAGCGACCCAAAACUCGACGAUGAAUAUAUCUCCAUGUGUAUGUAUGUAUGAUUAAAGGACGGAGUACGAGGGAGGGGAGUCGAGUUAUAGAGGUUGAGGAGGAAGGUAGAACGGAAAUACCUAUGCAUAACAUAGUUAUAAGACGGGAACUCGCAAUACGAUGGUAACUCAACUUCCAAACCGAUACAGACUUCUUCAGCUGACUUCCAUAAUCAUAAUCAUUGUUAACACUUAACUAUAGAGGAUAACGCUUUAAACGAACAAACACACACUUACAUACACGAACCUUGGUUGCGGUUGAGUUAGUUAUAACCAAUAGGUUCUGUUCCAUCCCGCGGCGCCACUUCAGUCCGGGACCACUCCACUGACCAUCACACCACACACUCCAGUUCCACAUCAUGAUCCUGACCCAACCAUCCCUUCCCUUCCCUGCCCCUCCACUCAGACUCGUCGUCACACACUCUGUGUAAAUGCAAUCAGUUAGAUUUAUAAGAUGAAUAACAAGUCAACACGAAUGUAAGACAUCCCCAGAAGGCAUUAAUUAAGCUACGAAACAAUUUGCAAAUAAUACUCAUAGAGCGCGAGUCGAGGCAGAAGAUGCAACAUCAUGCGUUACAUUGUUUUAAUAUGCGAAUUACGAUAAAUUGAUCAAUUAACAUAUACAUACAACAAAGAGCAAACAAAUUACAAACUGUUUUUAUUAAUUUUGUUAAACGAUAAUGAAAUCAUUAAAAUAACUCUAGCAAAGGAAAACAAAGCUAAGCGGAUAACAAACGACAGAUAAAAUUAAUAACAUAUAUAAAUCGAUUUAUAAAUACACACACUCACAUAAAAACAAAAACACAUUGAGCAGAGAAGCAACCAAACAAAACCCAAAAACAUAAAUUCAAUUAAAAGUAACGAAACGAAACAAAACAAAAAAAAAAAAACAAAGUUUAAAGAACAAGCUCAAGUCGCAAGGAGCAGUAAGGCUAAAAAAACAUAUUUGUUCACAGUGUAAAUUGUAACACACAGAGCGAAAUUAACGCAGGUUGCGAAGAAGUGAGGAAUGUGAGCGAGGAGCUAUUAUUAAAACAUUAAACGAUUUAAACAAUAAAAAACCGAAAAUAAAUAAAACAAAAAAAAAA